AGAGCCUCAAGGUUGUGCAGGCAGAUUUAACUUCGACCUCGAGCUAUCCUUUUUCUUCCUUGUCGAUGGAGUACCUGCAGAAAUAUAUGGAAGAUUUCCUAAUUAUGUGGCUCGGUCUCUCAGUAUCAACUAAGACUAAUUACUCAUUACUUGACGUCAAGUAAUGUUGAUGAACAUCUUAAGUCACCGGCUCUAACGACAGCAUGUUAAGCACUCCGGCACCCCCAUAAAUGCUUACUUCAAUCCAGUUCCAACGCGAACGUCAGGGGCAAUAACCAAAAUUUAGUAUCAUAACAUAACAAACAGACUAUGAGUAGUCCAUCUCUCAUACGAGUAGUCAAGUCCUGGGGUUCGUGACCAGAUAUGGUGGUACAAGCGUCUUUCCAAAUGUCCUUAAAGAAUGAGCUGGCAUAAUCUUAAGGACUUGGGGUAGUAUUUCACUAUAAUUUACCAGUAUUUAUCUUUUGCUUGUUAGAUAUACCCGGGCAGUAUCACAGCCCUCACACAUAUCCAAUGAGAUUUUUGUGGCGCAUAUGUAUUUGGUAUCUCCUUGUACCAAUAUCUAUGUGUUUAAAUAAAUAAAUAACCCUACUCGAAGGCACCGGCCACCCCCUCCUGGUUGAUAUGAAGACACGUUAGAAAAAAGCUUUUAUUUUGUCCAAAACUAUCUAAACAGCGUAAAAGUAGCGUCGCCUGACAAAUUAUUCAUACUUUGAUGUUCCCUGAUUAGUUAAAACGAUUAAAUCUACAGGUCGUUUGGUAGUAUGCCUUGGGUUUAGCGUUCUCGGUCAUAACUAUAAAACAGCAUGUAUAUAAAUAUUUUUCGGAGAGUAUCUCAGGUCAAUACUUCGUGUUACUCGUAUUUCAUGCUUCUCGGCUAGGCCACCUAGUGCUCAGACGAUUGUUAGGGUUCAAUCAUUUUAGUCACUUAUGAGUUAUUGACCGAAAUUUUCAUAUAUUAUGGUCAGGCUAACAAGAAAGGGGACAGAAAGACGUACAUUUAUAUGUCUUCUGAUAUAUAACAAAGCUAAUUACUUUCUAAUCAAAUAAUUCCAGUGUCCACAUAGAACUUGAGUUUCGUUGUUAUUAAUCUGUAUCGAGAGUGGUGAAGUAUAAUUUAUCUUGAUCCAGGACCUUUAUAUAGCUCAUAGUGUCAUGAAUUCUCUCUGUAAAGCAUCAAUAGAAGGAUUGCAAUAUGAGUGAAAGCUUAGUGCAGGUGGUUCAUAUGUAUUAUCGCCAUUGUUUUUAACUUGCAUAAAGACCUACUUAACUUCUGACUCUGUGCAACAAGCUUUUAGAAGAUUUUGAAAUCAGUUCCCACUUUAGAUCAAUUUUUAGAAAAGAAAGUUCCUAGUCCAAGAAAUUGUUGAGAAUUCAUAAAUUUUACAGCCCCAAUUUAGAACACUUACCACCUCAUUUGCGACAAGAAUUUGAAAUUAUGCGUGAUCUUGAUCAGAAAGUCCAGGAUAUCAUUCGUCAAACACAACAACGCACAACCUACCUAUUUGAACAUGCAUAUGAAAUGUCUAAAGAAGAACGCAAGGCACAAAUAGAGCAAAUACAAAGUUUAUUUAAAAAAGGCAAAGAAAUUAGUAACGAUAAGGUGUCCAGAGCUGAAAGUGCUUAUGAACUAGUUGACAAACAAAUACGUCGACUAGAUGCAGAUAUGUUUGAAUUCAAAAAGGCAUUAGCUGAAAAAGAGUCCAAGAAAGUGAAAAAGUCUCGAACAAAACAAGAACAAGAGCCGGUUAUUUCUCCUAAAAUCCCAGCUACUGCUGCAUUGGCAUUGGCAUUGACGAAUAAUCCUAGAGAAGUAUUAGACAUGCCAGUUGAUCCAAAUGAACCUACCUAUUGUAUAUGUCAACAAGUAUCCUAUGGCGAAAUGGUUGCGUGUGAUAAUCGUGAUUGUGCCAUUGAAUGGUUCCAUUUCGAGUGUGUUGGUUUAGUGAAUAAACCACGUGGACAAUGGUAUUGUCCACAGUGUAUAGCUCAAGGAUUUCCUUUGAAAAAAGAUGACUAGUAAUGCCAUUACAGACAACUUUAAUUGUCUGACUCCUUUGUUCUUGUAUUUUACGAUGCUUGUUGUAUCACAUCAACAAUAUCUUCUUCUUUUAUUUCUUUUCGCAUUAUGUAAUUUGCGCGGUGUAAAUAGAUGAAUAUUCUAGUGUGUCAUUUUUCUCCUGUAUAUAGAUAUACUUGUUAAUACUUCAUCAUUUGCAUACUUCCAUGUGAAUGUUUAGUUGUUCAGCAUGUCAACACCCACUAGAAAGACUAAAAAGCGACACUCUAGUGUACAUGCUCCUUUCAAAUCUCCAUUAAAAAGGAUCAAUGAAAGUAACAGUUCCACCAAUCCUACUAUUAGCAAUCAAAACAAUGAAGUUAAUGAACAACUAGAUGUUAUUGUAAGUUAUUUUCUGUUGUAGUCUUUUGUUUUGUGCAAUCUAAUCGUUUUUCUACUACUUAAUAAUAGUAAACUGUUUGAAUUUGUAAUAAAUAUAUUUUUGUUAUAUCCCACUAAGUAGUGACUUGAUGUAGUCCACUUCUUCAGAGUAAAUGGCUUUCACGAAACGUCAGAGGUACAAUUUGUAUACCUAUUAGGGUAUAACAAAAAUAGAUUUUUACAUCCGACCAUUUCCAACUCCACCCUUCUUUGUGGGAACGCAAUAUCACUGUCGUGCUGGUCGUUUGAAUGAAAAACCUUACUGCCGUCACACCUCUGUGCAGUCAAAUGUACAACUUCGCCCUCGAAUCUUGAGUUUGUUGCUUUUAGUUUUACUGCGGUUCAACCGACCUGUCUGGCAUAGUAGGACCUUAAGGAACGAUUGUUCCGGCCAGUAUAGCCCGAUUGGUUCAUCAUGAUGGGCAAGCCCGACCACCACGUCAAG